AUGUUUCCAUCACUUAGUGUCAAGCAAUUAUUCUGGAUGCAUAUCUUUAUGUUAUCUGUUAUAUUUGCAUACAGGAAAAGAGAGUAUCUAUCAGGUCAGCUUUCUUCGCUACGUAACAGAUACAAUCGUAGAUAUAUACGCAGUGAAGGCAUAAAUUCUUCAUUUAGCGAUGACAUAGAAGCUGGUUUAAGUUCAACUAAUUUUGAUCUUGAGUCCGGAAAUGUUGGGGAUCAAAGGGAAGGUUUAGAUGAUAUAGCCAAAGAAGAAAUAAAGAAAAUAAUGGCUGAAAAAAAUUUAAGCUUUGAUGCUGCCAGACUAGCUUAUACUGAGGAAAAAUUCGGUAAAAAUAAUAUUGCAGCAGAUGGUAUGCCAAAAGAUCCUAAAACUGUUACAUUAGCAUGA